CGUGGCUGCGGCACUGGAAGAAAGACACCCUCCCUCGGCCAGCGUCGCUCACGUGCACUCCGCUGUCAAUCACAGCAGCGCGUCAUGACACGCGCGCACACACACAGGUGAUAUCUAUUAGCUGCGUGUCAUUAGGUGUCGCGUCGGCGGCCCGUCGAACCGUUUCCCCCUUCGCGGUUAAAGAGAUUAUCUGUGGCGGCGGGUUCGAGGCGAGCAGCGGUCCGGUCGGCGUCGCAGAUGCCAUGUUUGAGCAAUGAGCAUGGCGGACAAUCAUCUGGAGUACGGCUACCUGGAGGAGGGCGAGUCCAUCGGCGAGCAUUUCACCGAGGACCCUGAGCUGGCGGCCAUCAAGGCCAGGGUUCAGGAGAUGGAGAUGGAAGAAGAGACGGAGAGACUGAAGGAGGAGCGGUGUGACGCAGCAGAGAUGCACCUACUGACCAGUAGCUCUCGGCCUGGACCUUUCUACAACAUGACUCCUGAGGAGAGGAUAGAUGCAGACAACAGAUCAGUAUAUGUAGGAAAUGUUGACUAUGGAGCAACUGCAGAUGAGCUAGAAAUCCAUUUCAAUGGCUGUGGUCCUGUCAACCGAGUUACCAUUCUGUGUGACCGAUUCUCCGGCCAUCCCAAGGGCUUUGCUUACAUCGAGUUUACUGAUCGAGACUCUGUGCAGAGUGCCAUUGGUUUGCAUGAGACAUUGUUCAGAGGAAGAGUCCUUAAGGUCAUGCCUAAGAGGACCAAUAUGCCAGGCAUCAGCACUACAGACAGGGGAGGACACAGAGGAGGAGGAGGCGGAGGCGGGCAAACCAGAGGAAGAGCUAGAGGUUUCCGUCCCCCCAGAUAUCACAACAGCUCACGAGGCCGGUUCCGGUACCAGUCUACCAGGCCACAGCAUCAAACGCCCCACCCUUAUUAUGGAGGCCCUUCAGUGGGGAAGAGACAGUGGGGACACAUGGACUACCACGAACAGAUGCCUAAACGUUACCCAUGUCUUCUCCUCAUCACACCACCGUCCGAGGAGAUGGGAGAAGGGUCGAGUGGACAGCACUACCCGCAGCAGCGCUAACGCUGCACACAGCCCCAAAUGUUUCCAGGCAUUACUGAGUUUGAGUAUUACAUGACAGGUACAGAGUGGACAGCAAGGAGGACUGUCCAAGUGGCACCCCAGCAUCAGUCUUCAGUAAGGUCACACAUGAAAAGUGAAGAUAAACAAUGUUGCAUUAUAAGCUUAAGUUGCUGUGAAUGCAUGGACAAUCCUCAAAUCGUUACGCAGUUGCAUCUCUUAAUGUUUUUACAAAAAUUUGUUUUGUGUCACUGCCUGCAAUGUGAUGUAUAAAGCCUCCCUAUGUGUAAUGUUUUUUUUUGCUAUGUAAGUGAAUAAAUAAAACAAUUAUC